AUGGCUCUCGGCGAACGUCUUGCCUCUAUUCGCAUCGGCCCCGUCCGUUACAACUCGCCAACGACUCAAGUCUUCAUUGUCGGAGUCGUCUGCUUCCUGUCGCCUGGUCUCUUCAACGCUCUUUCGGGUCUCGGUGCCGGUGGUACCCAGGAUGUUGUUCUCGUCGACACUGGUAACGCUAUCCUCUAUGCCAUGUUCGCCAUCUUCGGUAUCAUUGGUGGCACCAUCAACAACAUCCUCGGUGCUCGCCUGACUCUCUGCAUCGGCACCUUGGGUUACUCGCUGUACGCCGGUUCGCUCUGGGCCUUCCAGAUCCAUGGCAACCGCGCCUUUGUUAUCGCCGCUUCGGCCAUUCUCGGCAUGUGCGCCGGUCUCCUCUGGACAGCGCAAGGCGCCAUCAUGAUGGCUUAUCCCGAGGAGAAGGACAAGGGCCGCGCGUUCUCGCUCUUCUGGUCCGUGUUCACCAUGGGUGGUGUUGUCGGCUCUGCCAUUGCCCUCGGUAUUCAGGCCAACAGGAGUCUGCCGUCCACUUCCACUGCUGUGUACCUCGUCUUUGUGAUCCUGAUGCUGAUUGCCAUUCUCGUCACCUGGCUGGUUCUCCCGGCUUCGUACGUUGUCCGUGGCAACGGCACUGUCGUCGAACUUCAGGACUCUAUGGGUGCCCGCGAGGAGAUUGGCAACUUCAUUGCCCAGUUCAAGGACUGGCGUAUGCUUGCUCUCUUCCCCAUGUUCUUCUGCUCCAACUACUUCUACUCUUACCAGGGCUCCAUUGUGUCGAUGAUGUUCAACCCCCGCACUCGUGCCCUUUCGUCCUUCCUCUCCAACCUGGGCGCCGUCAUCGGAGCGAUCAUUAUCGGCAAUGUUCUCGACCGUGUCCCUGGCUCGCGUCGCACUCGUUCCAUCGUCGGUUGGUGCUUCACCGUCUUCUUCAUGUGCCUCGUCUGGGGCGCGGGUUUCGGCUGGCAGACCAAGUUCAGCCGUCACGAGAAGCUCGCCAUGGACUGGACCAACAGCAAGGCCCGCGGCCCUCUCGUUCUCAUGUUCGCAUACUACAUGGUCGACUCGUUUUACCAAGGUCUUGCUUACUACACAAUGUCGACAAUCACCAACGACCCCUUCCGCCUCGCCCGCAUGGCAGGAUAUUAUAAAGGUGUCCAGUCGGCCGGCGCAGCAGUUAGUUUUGGGAUGGAUGCCGUUGGCACGGCAUACAUGACCGAGAUUGCGGUUUCGUUUGCGAUCAUGAUGGCGAGCCUUCCCCUCUGUCUCCUGGUUCUCUGGCACACCUCGGACUCGAACUACGAGUCGGAGAACACCAUCCACGUCGAGAGCCUCGACGAGGACCAGCUCCACCACGCCGCCCUUCCCUCCGGCCACCACACCGGCGGUGUCCACGAGAACGCUCUUGGUGAGACUACCAGCGAUGAGAAGAACAGCGAGGUCCACCUCGACACCAAGUCGGCGGCCUAA